UCCCUGCUUUCUCCUUCACACAGUGUCCCGUUGCUGCGAUCACCGCUAACGCCAAGAAAGUGCAGGACCCUUUGCCAAAGGUUUCUCAUUUUCCGUCCUGGUGCUUCCCUCGUCUGAAGACACAUGGCAGCGAGAGACGUGGGGGGUAUGGUGCAGGACAAGUCAGGAAAAGUCAAGCAGACAGAAAAUAAAGGCCCGAGUGUGACAUGUCAGCACCACGCUCCUAAAGGUCAUGACAAAAUGGCUGUCCCUCCUGUGUACGCUGACUUGGGGAAAUCUGCCAAAGACAUCUUCAACAAGGGCUUUGGCUAUGGCGUUCUGAAGCUGGAUGUUAAGACCAAGUCUCAGAGUGGUGUUAUGGAGUUUGCCACCUCUGGCUCCAGCAACACAGACACGGGGAAGUCCGGUGGUCACCUGGAGACCAAGUACAAGAUGAGUGAGCUUGGCCUCAGCUUCAACCAGAAGUGGAACACAGACAACACUCUGACUUCAGAAAUCACCAUGGAGGACCAGCUGGCUAAAGGCUUGAAGCUCUCUCUGGACACAUCCUUUGUGCCCAACACUGGCAAGAAGAGCGCCAAACUGAAGACUGGCUACAAGCGUGACCACGUUAACGUUGGCUGUGACCUCGACUUCGACAUGGCCGGUCCCACUGUCCACGCCGCCGCCGUGCUGGGCUACGAGGGCUGGCUCGCCGGCUACCAGUUGGCCUUUGACACGGCCAAAUCUAAAUUGACCCAGAACAACUUUGCCAUUGGAUACAAGACCGGUGACUUUCAGCUUCACACCAAUGUCAAUGAUGGCACAGAGUUUGGCGGCUCGAUUUACCAAAAGGUGGACAGCAACUUGGAGACAGCCGUGCAUCUGGCCUGGACGGCUGGCAGCAACAACACACGGUUUGGGAUUGGGGCCAAGUACCAGCUGGAUAAGGAUGCCUCCCUGUCUGCCAAAGUCAACAAUGCUUGCCUUGUUGGAGUUGGAUACUCACAGACCCUGAGGCCAGGAGUGAAGCUCACCCUCUCGGCUCUGGUUGACGGGAAGAAUGUGAACGGUGGCGGACACAAAGUGGGCAUGGGCUUCGAGCUGGAGGCGUAGAGAAGCUGCAAGAGGACAGAGGACACGACAGAGAGAGAGAGAGAGAGAGAGAAAGAGCAACAUAGGAGAAGAAUAAAGAGCUUGAAUGUGAAAACACCAAAAUGCUUUACUCAGUGGCACGUUAAAAAACACAUCUUCCCAACAACACAUACAAAUACACACAUUCUUUAGCCUUAACCGUAAAACUCCAAGCAACCUCUAAGACGUCCAGUACUGUGAUUAUUUUUUAAAGACGUCAAGCAUAUUUUUGUUUUGGUUAUUUUUAAACCAGCAGGUCCCACUGUUAUCCCUUAGGUAUACAUGUAUAUGGUUAUUCACUUAUGACUAGUUUGUGAAACAUGAUUCUUACUUUCACUGUGUGCUCUGGUCAUUUUUGUUCAGGUAUGUUUGGGGGCAUUUUGAGACAAAGCUUGUUUUGGUAUGUGGUUUUGCUGCAUGUUUAAAGUCUACAGUGACAGGGUUUUGUUUUUGACUUCAUUGUCACAUUAACAAGUUCAGUUGUAAUAAAAAGCUGUAGAGCAUUCAGCAGAAGUCACAGAAGUGUGGCUAAUCCUCGUCAGACUGAGUCGACUGACUUAGAUUUUUUUCCAUUGGACCUCAGUAACACAAUCACUGUUACUUCAGUUGCCAAAAUGUCCUUUUGUUUAGGUUCUGUUUGGUAAAAGGUGUCACCUCUUAAUCCUGAGUCAUUUUGUGUCCCGUACCUGUUCAGUCACUACAUAUCACUUUAUCUGAGUUGUGCUUUGUUUCAAGAAAGUAUGUCAACAUUUAGAACCUCAAUCUAAUUUUAUUGAACUGGUGGAAUAAAGAAUGUAAAACCUCAUAAAAA